UUAAUUACUAAACAAAACAAGUUAAUUCUUAGGAAUUUGAACAAAUGAAGUUUAAUUGUAAACUGACAUUAUAGUGAUAUUUACAUUUUCGUUUGUCAUUUUAUUAUUUUUAAAAAUGGAAAAACAUUUAAACCGUGUGAUGGAAGAAAUAAAUAAUCAGCCUGGUGUUUAUGGAUGUGUCCUUUCUGAUCAUCAGGGACUGUGUUUAGGAGCUCAAGGAAAAGCAUCUACAGAUAGUUCUGGAAUAAUUAGCGCUAUAGCAGAACAAGCAGCAAAAUUAGAACCCAGAAAUGUUAUGCCUAUUAUAUGUUUAGAAAACGACAACAGACAAAUUAUAAUCAGAAGACAUGGUGUUGUAACCUGUGCCAUUUACAAAAAUGUUAAUAAUUAAACUAUACUAAUACUAAGUUUUUGUAAUUAUAUGGAUUUUCUAUUAUAAAUAACUGCAUUAUAAUUAAUAAAAAGUACCAACUUAAACAAUAA